AGUAAAAAAGACCAAGAGGCACAUGGAGGGAGCUGCAGAGGCAGCAGUAGUAGCUGCUCUAGGAACAGAAUGCUGCCUUCUGUAAUUAAAUAGCAAUUACUCGUAUUAUUACUAACAGUAAUAAUGCUCUAAUAAUAUCUCUAGUAAUAUUAUAUAAUUUAUCAAGGCGGGGUGAUCAUAGCGUAAGGGAAUACCCAAGCACAGGAGUGACUGUAAUGGAGAGACAGAAAAGAAAAGAGGAGAUAGAGAAGGGGCUUCAAUUCAUACAGUCUACUUUACCCCUAAGCCAAGAAGAUUAUGAGGCCUUUUUGCAAAAGCUGGUGCGAAACUUAUUUGCGGAAGGCAAUGACUUGUUCAGAGAGAAGGAUUUCAAGCUGGCCCUGGUGCAGUAUGUAGAAGGGCUGAAUGUGGCUGAUUAUGCAGUUUCAGAUGAGGUGACCAUUCCAGUGGAUCUUUUAUGUAAGCUGCAUGUCAAUCGGGCUGCCUGCUACUUUGCUAUGGGCCUGUAUGAGAAAGCUUUGGAAGACAGUGAGAAGGCUCUGGGAUUCAACAAGGAGAACAUCCGGGCGCUCUUCCGGAAAGCCCGCUGCUUGAAUGAACUAGGGAAGCAUAAGGAAGCAUAUGAAUGUAACAGCCGCUGUUUGCUCUCCCUCCCGCAUGAUGAAAAUGUGGCACAACUUGGCCAGGAGCUUGCACAGAAGCUGGGAUUAAGGAUCCGGAAAGCAUAUAAGAGGCCUCAGCAGGAAUUGGAAACAUUUUCUCUACUCAGCAACGGCCUUUCACCCACCUUACAAAGUCAGACUGUUUCCAAUGGAUUGGGCUCUGUAGAUGACAUUGAAACAGACUGCUCCGUGGGCCUACAGGGCAUCACUCCUCCCAAUGUUGCCUCUGCCCCUGUGAGCGAGGGCUCUGCCUUCUCGCCAUCUGACUUGGAAUCCAAAGGCGCGCCAACGUCACUCCCUGCCGCCACCCUGCUCCCUUCUGCAGAUGCUGCCUCCAUGCCAGGCCCUGAGAGUGUGGACGACUUCACGGAAGGAGGGGUUCUUGGGGAUGAACUGGACUCCAUCUUAGAUUCUAUCACAGAUGGGUCACAGUAUGCAUUGUCUCUGGUCCAAGGUGCCAUCCCUGCCAAUCUGCCUAGCGAGAUGCCCCAGCUGAUCCCCGUGUUUCCUGGGGGCACUCCACUGCUCCCUCCAGUGGUAACGGCCAACAUUCCAGUCUCCACACCUCUCCCUCCUGCCUCCUUUGGCCUAGUGAUGGAUGCCACGAAACAGCUUUCCUCCUCCUCUGUUCUGGAUGCCUUUGAAUCACCUGUGGGUGGCGGUGGCAGCUCCCCUUUGGACUCACUGGAUUCCCUAGACCUUCUCCCGUACACAGAGUCACGGCUUGAUGUGUUGGACGCUUUUGGAACUGGGAGGGGAUCACUGGAUGCGCUGGAUUCCUUUAAUGUAGAGGAAACCAGCACCCAAGAACUACGGCAACCUGCUGGUAUCCAGAAACCAACACCUACGGCAAACCAUACAGGGCCAAGUCACACAAUGGUACCGAAAGUGGUAGAACUGUUGAUGUCUCAGCCGGAGUCGGUGAUGCCCAACACAGCACUGCUUGUGAAGAAUCCACUGGCAUCCACUCACAUCUUCAAACAAGCCUGUCACAUCUGCUAUCCCAAAACAGGGCCCAAGGCUGGUGAUUAUACCUAUCGAGAAGGUCUGGAACACAAGUGCAAGAGGGAUAUACUGCUGGGCAGACGCCGUAACUCCGAAGAUAAAAUCUGGAAGAGAAUCCGGCCACGACCAACCAAGACCAAUUUUGUGGGAUCGUAUUAUCUGUGCAAAGAUAUGCUUAACAAGCAGGACUGUAAGUACGGGGAUAACUGCACCUUCGCGUACCACCAGGAGGAGAUCGACGUGUGGACAGAGGAGCGGAAAGGAACCCUCAAUCGUGACCUCCUCUUUGACCCCCUGGGUGGGGUCAAGCGGGGCAGCCUCACCAUUUCCAAGAUCUUGAAGGAACACCAGGGCAUAUUCACCUUUCUCUGUGAGAUCUGCUUUGAUAGCAAACCCCGAAUAAUCAGCAAAGGGACCAAGGACUCGCCGGCAGUGUGCUCCAAUUUAGCUGCGAAACAUAGCUUUUAUGAUAAUAAGUGUCUGGUCCACAUCGUUCGUUCCACCUCUCUGAAAUACUCUAAGAUCCGCCAAUUCCAGGAGCACUUCCAGUUUGACGUGUGCCGGCAUGAAGUGCGUUAUGGCUGCUUGCGGGAGGAUAGCUGCCACUUUGCUCACAGCUUCAUAGAGCUUAAAGUUUGGUUGCUACAGCAAUACUCUGGAAUGACCCAUGAAGACAUUGUACAAGAAUCUAAAAAGUAUUGGCAGCAAAUGGAGGCGCAUGCCAGCAAGGCUAACAGCAACAUGGCUUCUACCAGGACUCCCACAUCAAACACCUUUGACCUCCAGAUGAAAUUUGUCUGUGGCCAAUGUUGGAGGAAUGGGCAGGUGGUGGAACCUGACAAAGACCUCAAAUACUGUAGUGCCAAAGCACGCCACUGUUGGACCAAGGAGCGCCGUGUCCUACUCGUGAUGUCCAAGGCAAAGAGGAAGUGGGUGUCUGUCCGAUCACUGCCUUCCAUUCGCAAUUUCCCCCAGCAAUAUGAUCUAUGUAUUCAUGCCCAAAAUGGCAGGAAAUGCCAGUACGUUGGAAACUGCUCCUUCGCCCACAGUCCUGAAGAAAGAGAGAUGUGGACCUUCAUGAAAGAAAAUAAGAUUUUGGACAUGCAGCAGACUUAUGACAUGUGGCUGAAAAAACACAAUCCUGGGAAACCUGGCGAGGGGACACCUUUAACAUCACGGGAAGCGGAGAAGCAGAUCCAGAUGCCCACCGACUAUGCCGACAUGAUGGGUUACCACUGCUGGCUCUGUGGGAAAAACAGCAACAGCAAGAAGCAAUGGCAGCAGCACAUCCAGUCAGAGAAGCACAAAGAAAAGGUCUUCACAUCUGAGAAUGAUUCCAGCUGCUGGAGCUACCGUUUCCCGAUGGGGGAGUUCCGGUUGUGUGAAAGGCUCCAGAAGACAAAAUCCUGCCCCGAAGGGGAGAAAUGUCGCUUUGCUCAUGGCCAGGAUGAGCUGACGGAGUGGCUGGAUCGGAGAGAAGUAAUGAAGCAGAAGCUGGCCAAAGCCCGCAAGGAUAUGCUGCUGUGCCCCAGAGAUGAUGACUUUGGCAAAUACAGCUUCCUAUUACGGGAUAGCGUAUAAAUUACUGGGAGAUGGGUGGGACACAUGCAGAUUUUCAUAACUGGAGAUGGGAGCGGGAGGAGCUGCACAGUGACAAAGAGGCUGAUAAUUGUUCCACAAGCCUGUCUUUGAGUGUAAGAUAAUCGAGAUGAUUUACUCAUGUUGAAUGGGAAUUAAUAAUCUAUAGCCAGUGAACAUGAUGCUCCUAGAGGUUUUUUUUCUAUCUUUUUUUCCCUUUCUAAAAGCAUUACGUUUUAAUCUACCAUCAUCAGCUUUUUUCCCCUCCAGUGUUUGGUACAUAAGGGAGAUGACGCUUCUCAUUUUGAUUCCCUGAUUCCUGAAUUUUGUUGGGAUAUUGCAGUGUCACGGAAACAAAGACAUUCAGGUGUGUUUUCCCCCAGUGUAUGUGUCUCUGUAGUGCUGAGCACUCUUUUUUACAGACAGCCAAGCCCCACUCUCUGGAUUGUCUCUAAAAAGAGUAACACACACUAAAAAAGUAAUUUGAAAUACAAAUGGGAAGACAUCCCUAGUUAUAAAGUGUUCAAAUGACUCUGGUGGUUACUGUAGGUAAUAAUCCAAGAAGUUUCUCUCUUUCUUCUUGUAAUUUAGGUUAAAACAUACCUCCUCCUUUGGUCCCUAAAAAUCCCUAUCAGAUGAGUGAGGGCAGUGAAUAUCUAAUUCUGCCAUAUACAGCUAGAAAAGCUAUCAAUUUGUCAUCUUUGGAGGCAAUCGAUUGUUUUUCAUAUUAUUUGCGAUCCAAAAAGCAAACUAAGAACAGAUGAUUGAAUUAGGACUGAUAAGCAUAAACCUGAAGAUUCUUCCACUUAAUGUUGCAGCAAUCACACAAGUCAACUUUUUGGCUCUCCGUAGAAACCCAUUAUGUUCCAAAGCUUGGCAUGCACUUAAAACAAGUUUAGUAUUUGGGGGUUAUGUGGAGAGCCUAUUCAGUUGUUAUAGAAAGUGUAUCAGUUCCAAUGUAGUGGUUCCAUCUGUGGAAAUGGGCAGAAAUGAUUUAAAAGGAUGUUAAAUUACCAUCCAGUAGUUCAGGUUAAAAAGUUGCCAUUUAGCAAACAUCAUUUUUAUAAAUCUGACUAUAUCAAUUAGAGCAAGGUUCAAAACAUUCCUUUGCAACAUAGUAAUUUGGCACCAGUUAGGGAGCAAAAAGUUAAAAUGUUUUCAAAAGAGAAAAUAGUUUUUUAAAAUCAUCUGAUUUAAUUGAGAUUGGAAAGAACAAAAUCUCCCUUGUAUCUAAAUAUGUAGUUUCUAAAACAAAUAGAAUUUAAUAUCUAAAAAUAGCCUUCAGCAGCAAGAACAUAUGAAAGCAACUUUCUAUACCCUCUUUCAAAUCUUAGGGGACAAUCAAAUCUUUUAUAUACUAAUAGUAUUUCAUAUACCUCUGAAGUGAACUUCCAGAGGCUAUAAUCCAAACCAUAUUUACUAGGAAUUAGGUUCCAUUGAACCUACUUCAAUGGUACUUACUUCUAGGGGAAACGUUCAGGAUUGGAUUGCAAAGUCUUAAAAAAAUUGAGAGGAUGGGAACACUUCACAGAAUUGUGAAAUAGGGGUUGAAGAUAAAAAAUUCUCUCUAAUGUUGUGGCAUUUGGUAUGAUGUGAGUGAUGGCCAUGUCUGUGUGGAUAAAGGAAUAGAUGGUUCACACUGACCUACUUCGCAUGUAACAAUAACCCCCAGUACAGGUUGAGUAUGGGUUGUCAUUGAAUCAUGGAUUGUUGUUACGUGUAACCCUGCACAGUGGUUUAAUUAUCAGAUGUUAAGCAUGAACAACCCAGAGUUCACAUUCUAACAACAAACAUGGGUUUUUUUCCUGGGUUGUUCGUGAUUAGCAUUCCAUAGUUAAACCAUAGUGCAAGGUUCGCACAUAACACAAUUUAACAAUCCAUACUUUCAUUAUGUGUGAACUAAGUCAAGGUGUGGUUCUUGUUUUUGAGAACUGAGAUGCUCAGCAUUUGUGUUUGGCUAAGUUGGUACAAUUCUCUUUGGGGUCUAGGAGGGAACCCACAAGUAUGUGUAGUGCAAAUGGAUGUACAGUGUUGCAGUCCUUGCUUUACCUUUUGCAAGUUGACUGAUGGCACUGUGUAAUCUGAAUGGGAAGGUUUCAUGCUGAGAUUUAACUGUCUAGUGUUGGUUACACUAUAUAUUUUCCUAUAUUGUCCAGCUAAGCAUUUCAUUGAAUUAUAUACCCCUCCCAUAUGAAAUAACAUAAAAUCAAGAUAAAGUAGCCUGUCUCUACUCAUAGGAAGAGGCCUAAGUAAUUUUGAUAAAGGGAAAUGUGGUUAGUAGGGAAUAUAAUGCCAGUAGCUUCGGGUUCUCUGAGAGCUCUUUUUCUGCUUCAUCCUAUUUCUCUUAACUGAUGAUCAGAUGCCCCAUUGGUCGUCUCAUUUAUGUCAGGAAUCUGGCCUUUGCACUUAUUAACCUAUUUUUGCCUAUCAUAAAAUCAACUUAAAGUGAUCUCCCUGUAUAAAAACAGCUGCUUUAGGUUUAUUUUUGUGAUAGAAAAAACACCUCUCUGAAGAGCCGGUGUAAGUGCUUUUUUGCCAUCUUCUGGGGGGAUGGCAGAAAAAAUAUUUUUGUGUGCUGGGCCCCAGUGGUCAUCUGCAGCGACUACUACCAUUCAGUGGAAUCCAUCCUUACUUUGAUUGAAAGCUAUGAAGCAAUCAAUCACCAUAUAGUCCCCCUAUUGAUUUGAUUGUUCUAGAAUUUGAAAAUGAGACCUUUCAAAUCAUGUUAUAUACUUUCCAUAGUUUUAGUUAUUGAUUUUUUAUUAUUAUUAUUAUUAUUAAAGGAAGUGGGUAUUUGAUUCCUGUCCUGCCAGUUAGAUAGUCUUAAUUAAUGUGACAGUAGAAUAAGCAAAGCCACAGGACUCCCGACUGCAAUUAAAUGAGCAAAUCACACACCCCAUCCCAUGCACAGACAUUUUGAGUAGUUGCCUGCUUGACCAUUACAUUCUUAGCCCAUUGGUCUUAUUUCUCAAAAUACCAAUAAGAGUGACUGACCAGCUUUAGGAUUGUGAUAAGUAUUUCUAACAGAUAGAGAAAGACACAAAUAAGUAAAGGAUGCUUAACAUUCUUAAACUAUCUAGAAAUGUAACUAUAAGUGUAUGCUCUGCCAUGACUUACAAUAUGUGAAUUUAUUUAGAAUAUGGGGCGGGAUAGUGUUUCCUUUCCUCUUCAAAAAUAAACUGCUUUGUAGCCUUUUUUUUUACCCUGGUCAAAACUACUUUGAUGGGGGAGAACAAGACCUGUGGUUUAUGGAAGCAGGGGUGGGGUGGGGAGCACAUAUUCCUGAGUAUUGCAGUGAAAAUCAACUUUUGUUUUUUCCUGAUAUGAUAACCUGAUACGUGGUGUUGCAGUAUUUUGUCACCAGACUUGUUCUAGUGUGUAUAUAUGUAACCCUUCCAUAAAACAUAUAUACACAGGUAUUAAAUAUAUCACUCUAUAUAAUAUUAUAUAUGUAUGUGGUAUCAAAGGAAUCUUUUUAUUGAGGGUUAAGGAAAAGGACUCUAGCUGGGGAAUGGAGCAUCUCUCAUUGAAAUAAAGCUGAAGAUGGGAAGGGAGCGAUAUUGCUAUUGGGUUUUUUAAAAUCAUUGCGCUGGGAGGUGAUUUUUAUCCAGAUCAGUGUUGAACUCAUCCUUUUGUAAAGGCAUUUAAGUCCAAUCCAUAGAGGUAGAUAUUCAGCUAAUGAAUAAGGUGCUAAAGAAAAACUUUUGUUUGCUUUAUUGAGAAAAUAGACAUUGUCAAGAGCACGAGGCUCUAUUUUGUCUUCCUGAUACUUUUUUCCUUUGCCUUUAUAGAGUAUAUGGAGUUAUUUGUUUGUGCUAUAACAUCCUACUGUAUCCACUAUAGCACUAGCAACUUUGCAAUAAUUAAGGAGUAAGCCCAGUACUCCAGGACAACUGAAUGAAAGAAAUCAACAUUUAGUUGGCUACAAUAAAUGAGCUAGCAAGGGGAGGGUAUUUGGAAAGCAGGCACAUCUGAGAAUGGUAAUGAAAUUAAGUCAUUGGUUUUGUGUAUUAAUAAAUACAAAUUGUGCUCCAAAAAUCUUGACAAUGUCCUAAAAGAAAGCAGUUGCUUUAAUCACCAUAUAAGAUGCUAAAAAAACAGGUUGGGGUCCUUUCCCAGACCUUCAACAUCAGGGAGAGGAUAUUGUUGAAUGGGAUGCUGGUUAACAAGGCCUUCAAGCCAAGCAGUCCCUAAGAAAUGUAGUGACAGGGGAAAACCAGUGAAGGGGGAUGCUCUGUUUCUAAGCUGGACUUGCAAUAAGUUGGAGAGUCCUUCAAAAUGUCUUUGUAUUAAUAUAUUUUAAGAAUACCACGCUUUACUAUUACAAAGAAAUUCAUAAUACCUUUCACAAGGUCUAGUAACCAAGAUAAUAAUGUAGAUGUUCUAACAACAUUAUUGUUCUUAACAAGACAGAUUUGCUUCUUUUAGCCUUUGUAAUAGAAAAUAAAAGUGUGCACUUUAAACCCUC